AUGAUGGUCCCGAGAGCCUUUCUCUUUACCUCAGCACCGCCCCAGAAAGCCAUGCCGCCUUAUGGCCUGAAAGACCACCACCCCUCCUCAUUAGCCUUGGACCGACAAGGCCAUCAAUUCACCAAACAUGCCGACCUCCCUGGCUCGACUAUGACCACCCCGGUAGUAAUCCCACCAAAACGUGGCUCACGUACCCCGGUGCACCGAGAGGCACGGUCCCGUACCCCAUACAAACCCCCGGUCUCGUCUCGCAGAUCCUCCUCGUCAUCCUCUUCAAAUGACCGUCUUUUACCGCUGUCAGUUGCCUCCAUGUUGGACGCAACGGCGAUUCCUGUACCACGCCGGUCGUGGUCCACCCGGAGGCCUCGGAAACUCCCGCGAGGCAACCACGUGGAAGAGUUUAGUCGGAUGAUGCAGGAAGGCCUCAAGUCGAAGGAAGACUAUCUGAUGGGCGGUACAAUCAACUCACCUCUGGAUAUCUUAUUGAGCCCGCCGGAGGAAGAGAACGAAAAGUAUGCAACCACCACCGAGUCUGAGAUGGAAUGCCCGUUCUCCGUUCGCUCGGUCUCAAGCGACUCCAUGCCAUCCUUGGAGCCUGAUAUGGACUCUCCUCUUGGCUCACCUCAACCGCCGACACCCGGCAGUCAUAAGAGCCCGUCUGAGAGGCGGCCGUUGCGAUAUUCACCCGCAGAAGACUGUGCUCUAGAUCAUCCUCUACUUGAGUCAGACAUGGAUGACUGUGAGAUUGUGAUGUUUGAGAGUUAUCCCGAGCCGACCAUUGAAGAUACAGUUCCGUCAAACCGUACUGCAUCCUCUCGAUCAUUCCCUAGUUUGAGAUCGUCUUUCAAGUCGAAUCUCACAGCGUCCCUCCGAGCCAUCAAAUUUGCCGCUCAGUCGGUUUCAACCUUUACCACGCCUUCUGUCCAACCAGAGGACUUCCUCACGCGGUCACUGUUCACAAUCACCCCCGAAAUGACCGAUGACCGUCGUCCACCCCCUAUGCAAGAACCACCAUCUCCGGCUUUGCGACGUUACUUGAACCCUACCCCUAUCUCUCCAGCCGAGAUGUGCGUCUACCAUGAUCACCCUCAUGACAAGUCCGAGGUGAACAGUACCUGUGCUGUCUCUAUCCAAAUGCAAACCUAUCGCCGUUCUCGCGGCCGCGGCAACCGGCGCAGCCACUUCCACGUCGUUGCACCCAAAAAUCGCGAUCAGUACCAUACGUUCGACCCGGAGGUACCGCCGAUGUCGCGCCAGCGUGAACCCCGCGAGAACUGCGACUUCCUUCGCAUGGUUGUUCUCGAGAUGAACAUGCGGCGCAGUGGCAAGCUCCGCGAGGAUAUUCCCACGCGAGCACGCAUUAUGCUCCCCCCUCGCAAGAGCAAUCCCUAUCGCUUGUCCGGGGACUACGAAGAUGGGGACGACAACGACGCAGUUCCUGCCCGAUGGGUGGGCAUUUCAGCUUGA